GGCCGGUUUCGGACGCGCUUUUCUCCAUCCGCAAAACCCGGUAACUAGAGUUGCAAACCCAACCGCGCACUUGGGUCGGCCGUUUUCCCCCCAAUAUUGUUUCUGUUGAGAGUGUCUUUGCUUGAAAUAGUUUUCGGUUGUGAGAUCAUUUGAUUUUUUUUUUGCGCGCGGAUUGUGAUUCACCUGUGUAUGUGAGCUUCAGCGAAAAAUCUGAAAUUCAAAUGUUACAAUUUUAUGGUCAUUUGAAUUGGAAAAAAUAAAUGUUUGCACUUGCUUAGUUUGUGGAAAUUGUGUGACUAAGUAAAUACAAGCAGUGUGUACGUGAAUGUUACAACGAAGUGAAGGUAGUGAAAAGUGUGAAAAUUUGCAUUAUAGAGUUUUUGCUCCGGAUAUACGAGAUACUGUUUUUUUUUGUCGUAUUAUGUGGUGAAGGAGUGUCGAGUGUCUGUUUUUUUUAUCAGUUUGACCCAGCCGCUGUGUGUUUUCGUGUGUUUUAGCUGGGCACCGGCCUAGCCUUUCAUCCAUCGAGCGAGCAGCCUCCACAGAGACGGAUUUGUCUGUUCUCCUCGGACCGUAAGUGGAGCUUGGAAAAUAAUCCAACGUGCGAAAUGCGACCUUGCGGGCACUCGUUAUGGGUGCUUUUAGCACUAUUAUCGCUGUGCUCCGCAGCGGACAUUCUGAUGAUCACGAUGGGAGGCACCAAAUCGCACAAAAUUCCUUUCUGGGAGUUAGCCAAAGGACUGAUACCGAGGGGGCACAACAUCACCUUCGUGAGUGGAUUUCCUCCCGAUUUCUCACUCAAUGGAUUACAGGAGAUUACUCCCUCCGGAUUGGUCGAGUACAUCCGUAACUACACCAACUGGGACUUGCUGGGAGCUCGGAUGCGCGGAGAUUUGCCCCUCUCGGUGUGGGAUAUCUUCCGCUAUUCAUGGCAGGCAUGCGAUGCAACGCUGGAGGACAAGGAAGCAACUGAUCUGCUGGGAAGAAAAUUUGAUCUACUCAUCCUAGACGGAGCAUAUCCAGAGUGUGCCCUGGGACUAGCCUACCGCCUGGGAGCCCCGUACAUGUACAUCAACACCGUUGGCUUCUACACGGGAACAAUGGCUAUGGCGGGGAAUCCUGCUCCCUACUCGGUGACACCCGUCUUCUUCCGCGCCCUGACCGAUGACAUGAACUUCUACCAGCGUUUGAUGAACACGAUAUUCACCAUUGCCAUUCAGUCAAUAUAUGUGCCCAGCGUUACGGUCACGCAGGCAAUCGUACGGCGCCACCUUGGUUCGGACAUUCCCCACGUGUGGGACCUCUCGCGGAAUGUGAGCUUUAUUCUGCAGAAUGGCCAUGCCACCGUAAGUUAUCCGCGGCCAAACCUACCGAAUAUCGCUGAAAUAGCCUGUAUACACUGCAAACCUGCUGGGCCGCUUCCGAAGGAUUUGGAGGAUUUCAUUGCGGGCGCGGGAGAGUCCGGCUUCAUCUACGUAUCGAUGGGAUCAUCCGUGAAGGCUGCCAAUAUGCCGGAUCAUUUGCGCCGGCUGCUGGUACAAACAUUUGCCCGUCUUCCGUACCGGGUGCUCUGGAAGUACGAGUCUAGCUCGCUGAUGCUGAAGGACUUACCGCCCAAUGUUAAACUUGGCCGGUGGUUGCCCCAGCAAGACAUUUUAGGUCACCGGAAAUUGCGUGCAUUUGUUACGCACGGAGGACUACUGAGUAUGUUCGAGACGGUUUAUCAUGGUGUGCCGGUGGUAACGAUGCCCGUAUUUUGCGACCAUGACUCUAACGCUGCCAAAGCGGAAACCGACGGAUAUGCGCUAAUGCUGGAUCUGGAGAAGCUGACCAGCGAGCAGCUGGUUCGGGCCAUUCACCGGGUGAUCCAUGAUCCGAAGUACCGGAACGAGGCGAAACGUCGGCAAAUGCUGCUGAAGGACCAAAGAACGACUCCACUGGAGACGGCCAUCUACUGGACGGAAUAUGUGCUGCGGCACAAUGGGGCAUACCAUCUCCAGACGCCUGCAAGAAAUUUAAGUUUCUUCACCUACUACGGUCUGGACGUUAUCUGUUUCUUCCUAACGGCUGGGUACCUGUUGCAGCUGGCUAUCCGGAGGAUUCUCAGAUCGCAAAUCAUUCAACUGACCAAGCUGAAAAUCCAUUGAGAACCCAACAGUUACCGAUCAAUUGACACAAGUCACACAAAUAAAAUACAACAGUAGAAAUGCUAGCGCAAAACGAAACAGUACACACCAAAAUGAACCAUGAUCAAAGAGUAUCGGCGGAAGGCAGACAAAGCAGAAGGGGAACAUUCUUUGCCAUCCUUGCAGCAAGGAUAAUGGUGACCGGAAUAAAUCGCCACAGUAAACAACUGCAACAGAAACAACCGCUUAGAAAAAGUGUAGUAGGCUAGAAAUAUUUGGCGCGGGAAAAACAUCAUGUGCCUCACAUUUCUAUUAUAAAUUUAUUCUCUUGUUCUCGUUUUUCGAAAUUUAUUCUGAGGACAAUGUAAUGGGGACGAAGUCCCCAUUUGGCGAGGAUAAGGAAUCGAGGCGGCCCAUGCCGCCAAGAUGACGCAAUCCGAGUCCACCGCCGACCCGCCGUCGGAAGCGGCGGUGUCUCGCACGCAAACCUGGGAUCCACUGAUUGCCCGGUUAGUUUGAAACAUAGGAUACGAUCCUUUAGCAAUGUCCGACCGAGCUCUAGCGAGCGUCGGACGGUAUACGUCUGCCCGGGGCGUUACGUUUGCCUGGGGCGAUACGUUUGCCCGGUUAAUUCUUGUUUUGAAAUACAAUACCGCGCCACAAUAUUUAUAGCCUACUACACAUUUUAUAAGCGGUGGUUUCUGUUGCAGUCGUUUUCUGUGGCGAUUUAUUCCGGGAACCAGGAUAAUAUACACGUAUCUAUACACAGAGACACCUUUGCACCGUGGGCGAGUAGUUAAUAAAAACGUAGACAGGCUAAGAAAUCCCUACUGCCUGGUCACAGAUCCAAACCUGGGGGACGAUUCAAGAAUAAAACGAUGGUAGUUAAUGUUUGUGAUAGAUUGGCCAAUCACAAAUACGGAAACGGUUUCACUACUUAGUAGGUGUCUGCAUCCCCCGAUGUAGAUAAUUAUUUAUGAUAGAAUAUUUCGUAUUGAGGGGUUUCAUUGCUAGAGAAUAAGUUGUAAGAUUACCUAUUUAUUCAUCCCAGUUGGUGGAGGCAGUAACAUGAGGGAACUGUCCGAUAGUCCGACGUUGCGAGAACCAAAACGUAUUUUGCUUCGUUUUAAAGCGUGUACAGCCGAUAUAAAAAUUUUGUAAAUAUUA